CAAACAAAAAUAUUUUGAAAUUGUGAAAUGACUGGAUCAGUCCACGAUCCUAAAUGGAGCCUGGAGCGACGCGAAUCGUCGGGACAUUUGGUGUGGCGUAAGGAGUCACCAUCAUCAAAGGUUCGAUUUCGAUUCGAUGUGGAGGUUUUGGAAUUUGAAAAACAUCCAAACGAAGACCUUGAUCACAAAGACGAUAACUUCUCGGCCACAAACCUAUCCACAACAAUUGCUCUCUGUGCCACGUGUAUUGCCGUUGUAGCUGCCUCCGUAUUCCUGCCCUGGUACCUCAUGGAUAAGGUCGGCACGAUUUGAGAGCAGAUCAUUAGUAUAUAUUACGUAUCCAUAGUCAUAUGUAUGUGAAUUGUAAAUCAUCGACGGUAUUAAGUAGCUUUAUGUACAUAGAAAGGCGUAGAUUUAAGUAAUGUUACAAUCUGUAAAUACGAAUGUAAAUAAUGCAUAUAUGUUUAUAGACUCAAAUCUAAGGCUUUAGUGGCGAAUAAUUAAACAGACUGUUU